GCGUGAAGGUAUUGGCUUCCGCAUAUAUUACCGCCAAAAAUAGAAACAACCGAUUGGUUUACUAAUACGCAAUAAUGACGUUUUAAUAUUAUUCAGACGUUGUAACAAAAUAGCAAGGAUAUAUUUUUUUCUGUGAUCUACAUAACUGGCUUCAUGAUGAAUCAGCAAUUAAAUUGUUUGUAAUACGAUUUUGAACAAGCAAUAAAGAACUCGUAUUCACAGUGAUGGCUGGAUGUAACUCAAAAUUUGAAGAUCAAAGAUUUCAAAAUUGGAUAAAAGCUUCAUACGCAGGUAAUGUAGCGAAAGAGGGACUUGAAGAUAUUGUGUUUAACAUUAUAGAGAAGUUUCACCAAAAUAUCCUUGCCGGUAUUUUGACUGAACAGCAAGUUAGAAAUGGCACCACAUGUUCUGAAUGUUCAACCGGAAACAUUUUACCUUGUCCGACGAGAGAUAUAUGCGCCAACCAAUCUGGACUUUGUUCCUUUCACAAUAAUGAACAUAAAAAGUAUCGGAUUUGUCCAAAAGGAAUAUGUGACAAGCUCAGAGAGGAAAUCAAGAAAAGUCACAAAUAUCGGAAUCCAUCUUGGAGGAACACACGUGCAGAAAAAUGGUGUGUAAAUCCAUGGGAAAUCGGAAAGUGUUUCUUGCCACGUGAAGGCUAUCUAGCUGUGACGAAAGUUACAGAAAUGGACUUAAAUGGUCUACUUAAUGUGAUGAUUAACCAUCAAGCAUUCGAUGCCAUUGUUGACCAAAACAGUUGUAUUGUAGCUAAGGAACUGGGCAAACAACUGAGACAUUCGUCGGAUCUUUUAAUUGAUAACAGGACCUUAAAUGGAUAUCUCAGCGCCUUAAUUACGUUACUGACAUCUUCCAAUCAAAUGAAAAAUGAUCAAAAGGCAACUGAAGCGGUUAAAAUGAUACAAAAGCUGCAAAAGGAACAGCUUUCCAUUUCAACCAAAGCCAUGGCGCAGGUUUUUCAGAAACUUCUGGAGGAAAAGGCACGUUUCUCAUUGCAAUAUAUCGAUCAAACAAGUAAGAAGUGUAUUCAAAAUAUGGAGGAAGCUCUAAGAGAAAUUAAAGCUUCCCUGGCAUCCAGUAUAGGUGAUUCAACAAACUUUAAGACAGCAGCUGCGGAUAGAAAAAGAAUGAAUGAACAUUCAUAUUGUACAACAACGAUUAAAAGAGCAAACAUAUCACCAGAGGCGACCAAUGCCCAUGCCUUUCAGCACAGGUCACCAUCGUUUAAACUGCUGACGGAAGACGAGUACGGGGAAAUUAGGGAAAAGUUUAUUGAAGAUAUGAUUGUAUUCAACAGCAAGCAAAAUGGAACUAUUCCAAUUUCGCCCUUGUUUGAAAAAAUUGACGCCAAAGUCGUAGACUUUUACGUUCUACCAACUUUAUAUUCUGUUGAAGUUAAGAAAUCUAAACUUGGUGGAAGUGAAAUUAAAUACCCUAUUGAGUCCCUGGAAGAAGUGUUCAGAAAACGAAGCUCGAACUGCAAGGAAAUAUAUCUUACUGCUGACGCUGGGAUUGGAAAAACAGCUUUUAGUAAAUAUCUUGCAGUGUUAUGGUGCCAUGCACAUCAAGAAAAUGAAAUUUAUCCUGGGAACAUUCCCGAUACGGAAAUUUGCUUUAUGAAGUAUUUUGACUUUCUGUUCCUCAUCUCCUUACGUGAAUCACGUGAUGACUGCGAUAUAGAUAAUAUGAUCUUAAGUCUAAUCGUCCCACAUCUAUCCCAUUCGUCUGUCUUCUCAAUAGAGUUUCUACAAGAAGUUCUGCAUCGUGAAAACUGUCUUGUAAUCUUGGAUGGUUUAGAUGAAUGGACACACACUGAGAAUAAGAAAUGUAAAAUAAAACCUAAAUGCGUUCCACAUAGAAAAGCCCGUCAAAGAUGUACACUACUGACGACUUUAAGACCAUGGAAAUUCGCUACGUUAGAUGUUAACAAAAGUCAAAUACAUCAUCAAAUACAAAUGGUUGGACUCAGUCAAGCGGGUAAAGAAAUUCUAAAACAAAGGGCAGUUUUGAGAGUCAAUACCGACGGUCAUGAUUGCCUCAGGAGUGACGUUACUGGUUUCAACAUGGAAUGCAUUUCAAGUGAAAUCGAAGACCUUGAAAACAUCCCCAUGCUUUUGAUGUAUCUCGUAUGCUUAUGGUGUGAGGGAAAGCCUCUUGCACGGUCCAAGUGUGAGUUAUUCAGCAAUAUAAUUGAUCUGAAGCUGCAACGUAAUAGACAUAGACUAGACAUUUUACAGUUAUCAGGACGUGUAGGAAAGGUUGACACUAGCAAAGUUGAAGUCCUACGCUGCUUCACUUCACUAAGCUAUUGCAAACAGUACAUUGGUGUUCUAAUUUCUCUAGGACAGUUGGCAUUUGAUACACUAUUCAACGAAAAGAGGGAAAGAACGAUCGUGUUCGAAAGUUCAGAAGUUGGAGACAUUUUAAGUCCCGAGUAUUUAAAAUUCGGUCUAUCUUCAGGUAUUUUGACUCAGACAGAAAUCACUGGGUAUUUGCUUAACCAGAAAUCAAGUGUUUCCUUCACACAUAAAACGUUUCAAGAAUUUUUUGCCGCGCUCUAUAUGGCAGUUAAUCAAAAGCAGUAUGAAAUGAUAGCGAAACUUUUGUCAGUUUGUACAUCUAUUCAAAGGAUUCUUGAAAUGUCAAAUGUGCUCAUAUUUCUUAGCGGAAUAAGUACACAAAUGUCGGAACAAAUCGCACAAAAUCUUAUUAAGGUAGUCGCUGCGGAUGACAUAACACGCAAAUAUAGACGCACUGAAUCAUUUUGGGACUAUUUUACCGUAGAAGAACCUCUCAAAUGUUUUCAAGAUAUGCAAAUUGCUUGUUUCAAGGAACAUUCACAAAACGUCAACAAAGAGCUCAAGCUAAGUUUGCAAGAUUUUAUAAUAGACAGUGACUGCCAACAAGAAAAAUAUCUGUCUGCACUGAAGAGUUUGGCUAUUUCCAAUAAUCGAGAUAUAAAAUCUCUGAAUAUUGAGUUAGAAGGCAUCCCUAGUUUGCAUGAAAUAUUGGCAUCUUUCGAACUUAAUGAUGCUCGUGGACUUGAACACGUGUACGUCAGAGGGGGAUGCUCUGAAACGGACAUAUGUCAUCUAUUAUCAGGAUCUGUCGAAACGCUCAAAAGUGUAGCUCUUUUAUCACGAAAGUGGCAGGUGAACCAUUUUGAGGGUGAAUUUAGUGUGUGGUCUGACAGACUUUGUAAUAUUUUGCAAAGAAUGAACAGAUUAGAAGCUAUCCAUUUGAACUGUUUCAUGCUUGGACACCAACAUAUGGAAGAAUUGUUUGACUAUUUACGUAAAAGCAGUAACAUGAAGGAGGUAAUACUCGGAAACGUCCCUUGUUCAGAUCAUUUAGACCACUGUAGUGGCUUCAAACUAGACUUGUCCAAACAUUCGAAUCUCAGGACAAUACGAUUACAUAAUCUACCUCUGUCACAGUUAAAGAUAAGCGUGACAUCGUUAGAGCAAGUUAGUAUUGGGCGGCUACCCUGCAGACAAUCUAAUAUUUUAUCGACGUAUCUCGGAUAUCUUCCGGAAGCUACCAAACUAGAAAGGUUUCGUUGUAGUUUUCUAGAAUCGUCUCUAGAUGUUGACGAAAUACUACGAGUUAUACCACAACUUGUUCAUUUGAAAGACCUCCGACUUCACUGUAUCGAUGUCGGUGGUAGAACAUUGACCUUGUCAGAGAAAAUGACCGACAUUCAAUGUGUUCAUCUGUCUGAAGUAACGAUGUCAAGCUCAGGAUUUCACGUGUUGGUGAAGAACCUUAUAGGGUACAAACAGUCGGUACUUGUUGUGCUGGUAAACUGUGUUAUAGGUUCUAAUCUUGAUUACGAUGAUCAAGAAAUCGAUUCGAUCGAAUGAAAAACUCUUGGUUAUAUUUAACGGACGGAAUCAUUGGAAAAAUGAUGAAUUUUCUUUCAGAACGAUCGGGCUCAGCAGUGGAUAAGUUUGACUGCGCCUGUUUGUGACAUGAAUAGUUAUUUUCAAGUGUUGAAUAAUUGAAGAAAAAUUUACGUCUCGCUAGGAAUAACAAAACACAGAUACAUAUUCUUUUAUAUAUCGUUUGCUAUUAAAAAAUGUGAUAAUGGAUUUCAAAUCAAUAUUGUAAUGAGUAUAAGAAGCAAAUGUUAUCCUUUUUUUUUGUUGGUUAUGACCCUUUAGCAUUUACACCAUUUUCAUAUGUUGAUAUACUGUUUGAUGUGAUAUUUCAUCGUUUUAACCUUUGACAAUGUUAGAGGAUGACAUAUAUUCUAGUAUUUCAGUUUUUGAUACACAUGUUUAAUUUUGCAUAAUUAUAAAUUUUGGCAGAUAGCACGCUAUAACAGAUAGCUAUGAUUGACUAAAUUUAGGUAGUAUAGUAUAACGAGUAACUUUGUAAUGUAUGUGCAGUUAUAUACAUUAUUACUAAUGUUUGUAGAUGACACAGCAUUACUCUCAGCCACGAUAUUUCAUAGAAAGACAAAUAUAUUGUUUGAUUUUCGUGGCAUAUGUAAGUUGAAAGCAAACGAAAGGAAAACUGAAAUAAUAGUUUUUUACAAAAGAAAACAAAGUAGAGAAAAAGAGAACACUGAACUGACAAGUCUACAAAUAAUGCAGUUGUAAACAAUAUUUGUUAUGUUGGCUUUACUAUAACUAGGCAAUUGUCUGCGAACGUAUUUCAGUCACACACGAGUUUUUAUAUUCGUCCUGAAAUCAUUAUGUGAAUAUGGUUAGUUAUUGAAAUCUCUUUUUUGAAACUCUUUGAAAGUAAAAUUUCUCUUAUUUUAUGGACCAGAGAUAUGGUGAAUAUAAAGAUGAAUUUGUUCGAGCACAAAAUUAAUUAAUUGUUAAUAACUGUGUAUUUAAAAAAAUGUACAAAUGUCAAAAAGUCUAUUGACUCUAGUUAUAAACGUUAAAACAUAACGUUAAAUGUUGACACCGAAGGUCAUAAAAUUUUUCAGAUCCCUCGCCAUAUUCAGCCUUAACUGAAACGCACUUUUCCAUCCGGGCUAUUCAUUACAUGAAAGCCGGAGAAAAAUCUGAACUGGUAUGCUAGGCA